AUGUCACAUGGAUAUAUUCCUAAAACUAUUAAAACACUAUGUUCAUGCACUAGUUGCGCUGCUCUUUGUUUUAAUCCAUCCAUACGUCUAUCGACUAUAAAUAAACGUCAAAGUAAUAUGUUUACUGGAAAAAAUAAUCAUCAUUAUGCUGAUUAUGAGAAAACAACACGAGCUGAACGUCUUGAAAUGAUUCGUUUUGAAGAUUCUUUACAAAAUUUACUGCUAUUUUCUAGAAAUAAAUCACCUGUAAAAAUUCGCGGAAAGCGAAACAUCGAAGUUGAAGAUUUGAACACUUUACACUCUGAGAAAUUGGAACAACGUGAUUUUGUUCAUUACCCAUUUAAAUGGGAUGGUCAUUUACAAAUCAAUGCUACUAUAAAUACUAUUGGGAAUGAUGAAUCAGUUGGCAGUAAUACCAUAGAAGAAGUAUCUAUCAAUGGAUUACAUCAUUAUACAGAAUAUUUAUUUGUUAUAUCAGCAUGUCAUUCACCGCAUAAUAUCAAUGGUGAACCAUUGUUCAUGAGUAAUUUAACUCAUUUCAAUGAAAGCAAUUACCAUUUAAUUGUCGAAAUGCCAUGGUGUAGUACACAAAGUGUUGUUCAACAACGUACUGAAGCCUCUAUUGGUGUUGAUGAUAUUGAUCCUGAUUCGAUUGAAUUAGUUGAUGAAAAUCUUGCUGCAAUUAUUGAUAAUUGUCUUACAUCUGAAUUAUUGAUGCCACCACCUAUGAAACACAGAUCAAAUGUAUGCGAUCUAAUGUCGAAUUUGACUUUGGUCAAUCAUACACAAUUUUAUCCCACUAAAAUGGAUAAAAUGCCAUCUUCUGCUGCGUCAUCUUCAUCGUUGUUGUCGCCUCCCAAAAUAUCAGUAAAACAAUUGCGAUGGAGACCUCCAACGCAACCUAAUGGUUUAACAUUACACUAUUGGAUUCGAUAUAGACGUUUAGACGGGGAAUCGACAGCCAACAAUGUUCGUAACGAUGAUGAUGAAAGAACUUGGUCUUCAAUAUGUUUAAAUGCUAUUAAUUUACCAAUGUUAUCAAAUCAAAAUAUUGUUUCAGUACAAUUAUAUGAUUUACGUCCUGGUUUAUAUGAAUUUCAAAUAAUGAGUGUUUCUCUAGCUGGAAAUGGUUCAUGGACUACUGUGAAACGUUUUAAAGUAUCAGACACAAGUGUACAUACUAUUUGGGAUUUUUUAGAAAAACAUUAUUACAUCGUAAUUAUUGGUUUUCUAUGCAGUAUUAUUCUUCUGAGUUUGUUAGCAAUCUAUAUUGAACGAAGAAUUUCACGAAAACGCCUAGAAAAUAAACCAUGGCAUAAUGAACAAUGGGAAUUAUUCAAUGCCGGGAUUUCAAAUGAUUGGAUUAUACCAAUGAAUAAUCUGCUAUUUAAUACUGAUGAUACACCAUUAGGUCGUGGUUCAUUUGGUAUGGUAUACAAAGGAUUAUUGUUACAUUUAUCUACUCCAGCUAGUCAACAAUUAUUUAAUGAGAAUUCUAAUCAGCUGAUUAAAGAAUUCAAUAUAAAUUCAAAAUAUUUUAUUUCAAAAAAAGGAUCAACUGGUUUCGAUGUAGCUGUAAAAACUUUAUUUCCUGCUUCAACGAUGGAUGAUAUACGUGAAUUUUACAAUGAAGCAUCAUUUAUGAAAAAACUUAAUUGCAAGUCAUAUGGUGUUGUAUUAUGGGAAAUAGCUACAUUCGCUUCUUUACCAUAUCCUGGUUUAUCACAUGAAGAAGUUAUGAAAUUUGUAUGUGAAGGUGGACAUUUAAAUUUGCCAGAAUGUCCAGCAAAAUUACCUGUUAUUUUAUUAACACUUAUGAAUAUGUGUUGGGAAUUUGAACCAAUUAAGCGACCGACAUUCAAUGAAAUUUUAUUGAAGCUGAAAUUAUUCACAUCUACCGAAUGUAUAUGA